UUAUAGAAAUAUCAUUUCCAGGUGUGGUGAAACGACAUAUAGUUUACGUAAUGCAGAGGAAUUGCGGGUCAAGAUUCUCAAAGCCGGAGAUAAUUUGAACUCCAUGGCUCAGCGUAUUAGGGUUCUGGGCAAUGAUGGAGAUACUACUGAUGGUGCUGCUUCCAGCACUCUUUCCUCAGGUCCUCGUCAGGAGUUGUUACAAAGAAGGAUACACUCCACAUCUACAGCAUUUUUAAAGGAAAACAUCUUGAGUCUUUCUAAGUUACCAACUAGUCAGGAAUUAAAAGAUAUGCAAGAAAGGCGAAAGUUGGAAGCUGAAGCGCGAUUAGCAGCAGAAAAGGAAGCCUCUCGUCAAGCUGAGGAGCAUGCAGCAGAGAUCUUAAGACGUAGAGAUCAGCAAAAAAAAGACACUCCAAAGACAACUCCAGUUCGCUCAGCAAGCAGUACACCAUUGACUUUUUCUACUCUUAAAAAGAAACAUACUGAAGAAGUUCUCGUGGACACUGGAUGGGGUGUGGAUUCAUCAACAUUUGAAAUAUCUGAAACAGAUGAUCCAAUGGUUCAGCAGAUGAACAUCAUUCGUAAUUUUAUCCGUCAGGCCAGGGAAGCAGAUCGUUAUGAUGAAGUAGCUACUUUAGAAGCAAAUCUUCGUGAACUUCAAGAAGAAUUCAAGAAGCAACAAAGACUAAUGAACCCAUAGCAGGCAGAUGCUGUUGAUUAGUUACUCUGUUAAUUUUAAAUGCAAAUUGUUAUAUUGUGCCCAGAUAGUAUCCAGUGGUGAUACUUUGUGAAAUAUUUUUGUGGAGCAUGUUGAAGUGAACAAAGGAUAUUAUUGUUACUGUACAGGUACUAACAGAUAUAACCAAACAUUCCUUGUUUUUACAGCUAAAAUUUAUGCAUGAAAUGUCUCACUGUAUAUAACAUGCCAUUACAUGUACUAUAUCAUUAGUUAGCUAGGAGUUUGAAUGGUUCUAAAUGCAUGGUAGAAUUUUGGAAAUUUAAUCCUGAAAGGAAGCAUGAUACUCAGCAAAAAAAGUUUGAAAUAUUUGCUUCAUUAACCAUUAAAAUGAGAUGGUCAAAGUUGUGCUUUUUUUUUUUUACAUAGUAGUAGAACAUUACUCAAUAUGAAGCUAAUUCACUUGAUUAUAUGUUUAACCUUGUAUAUUACUGUUUAUAAUUGCUUAAUUUCCAUAUUGAAAUUUUUUUUCUGUUAUUAAUGAUAGCAUGAAUUUUAUUUUGAAUGAAGCCUUUGGUAUUUAAAGAAAAAAUUGAGAAAAAUGUUAUAGUAGUUCUUGUGCAUAUCCUAAUUUUUGACUGGUGAAAUAUGAUGUAAUUUCAUUAUGCUGCUGUCAUUACUUGGAGAGACCAGGUCUUAUAUUUUGUUUGUCUUUCUUGUAGAAUAAGGAUUUUAAGCAGGAAUGUCCAUGGAACUGAGAGAUGAGGCCUUUCUAAUGGAAAUUUGUAUCCAUUAUGGAAAUAGGCUUGUAAUCCGUGUUAACAUUACAGAUACAGUCUAAAUAUGAUUGUGAUAUUGCACCUUCUUAUAUGAGAAUUGAUUCACCAGUGAUUUAUAUCAUAUAGACACAGUGUAAUAUGAAGAAGCUUUAGUUAAGUGUACAUAAUGUAUAAAGGUCACAAGACACCACAUCAUGUACAGGUACUUUUAAACCUUAGUUUCUCACCUAUUCACCAAUUAUUAUUAAUUACAUCAUUAUAGAUCCAGUAUUGCAGUUUUUCUGCAUUGGUAUAGGCAUGGAGCAUGUACACUAUUUGCUACGUUUUAUAUAGAGUAACUUUGUGUAAGUCAGAUUUGAAAGAUUAUGAAAGUGCAAUUGUAUGGAAAAUAAUCAUUCAGAGGUUGUAAUUUAAGCAAGUGCUUGGAAAUAGUCGAAGCAUUUCUGUGUGUUGACUCACACUCUAGGUCACUGAAAUAUUAUUUUUAUGAGAGUGAAUGGUUUUGAGCUGCAUAGAUUAUUUAAUGGAGUGGCAUAUUGAAUGUUAUUUCAGAUACCUUAUACAUAAUUUUUUUUAUUAGGAUACGGUAAUUACAGUCCAAGUUGCAUUAAAUUAUCAAUUACCAUUCUUUAAGAUUUUUUUUGGAUUUCAAUAUAGUAAUAAUAAUAAUAAUCUACAAUUAAGGUAGUUUCAAAUUCUCUCUAUUCAUAUUUGCAUCAUUAUCAGAAGUAUUUAAAUAUAUACUGUUAUAUAUUCCAAUAUUCUAAUUUUAAUAUCAGAAGUGCAAGUUGAUGGUAAAUGAAAGAAACUAGGAGAAUAGAAAAUAUGUAAGUUGAUACUAUUUGUUUUAAUCAAAGUGGAUUGUUAUUAUUCGUUUAAAGCCAGUUUUUUAACAUACCUAACUUUCACACUAUAAGUACUGUGUCCAUAGCAGAUACAGUAAAGGAGAGAUGUAGUAAAUAUGUGAACAGUCGUACUAACAGGAAAAUUUGGUAUUGCAAGUGAUACAUUGCAUAUGGUAAUCUUUACUUUUACAGUGCUGUGGCAAAUUUAGUGCACUGUAAAACCUAAUUUCCAGGAACAAGGUGUUUAAACUUCAAGAAUGUAAACGUUUUUCCCCAUGAUUGUAAUAGCUUUAGAAAAGUAAAUCAAAAUACGUAGGAGACUAGAGACCACUGCAACUACAUCAUGAAGAUAUUUAAGCAGAAUUCGAAUUCAGUAAAUCUGGUUUGUGCAUAAUAGUAUUAGCAAAUGAUUGGACUAAAAGGGGAGUUGGUUUCCCGAUGGUGCUCUGAAGUUAUGGUGCAGUUUUGAGCUUUACAUAUAUGAAAGUACAUUAACGACUUGGAAAAAGAAAAUAGAAUUGUAAUCAAGGUUGUGAAGUGGGGAAUUUUAUCAAAGAUGUAGGCAUUGUAGAGCUUGAUUGUUACCAUUGUAUCGAAGCGUGCUAUGGCAAAUAUGCUUGCUUUAGAGAGACUUCAUCAUUGUUUGUGAUACGAUGUGGUCUAUGGAAACAUUGUGAAAAAAUAACCAUGCUGUAAAAUGGUGUUGAUAGCACUGUGUAGCAUAGUGAUUUGUCAUUUUCACUGAUACUUACCCCCUCUCAUUUGAAGUGAGAACCCCAGAUCUCUUGAUUAGUAUGGUUUUUUUUGGACUUGUUAAUGUCAUGUUUGAAUGAUUGCUGUAUAUUGUAGAAAUCAAUCCCUCUGAAUUAACCAUAAUAAGGCAUUUAUUUUUACCUUCCAUACAGCGCAUAGAAUCAAAUCUUAGAAGUUAUUGUUUUGUGAUGACGAUUCAGUAACCUACCAUUUCUAUCUAUUAUAGAAGAUAAACCAAAACAGAGAAGAGAAAUACUUUAUGCACAUUCAUGUGUAUACCAUUCCAAAGUGUCAUCACCAGUUGGAGGUACCUUAAAGAGUAUUCAGUACAGUAUUUGAUAAUUAUUAAAAUUUGCUGUAAAACUGAUAUGGCUUUUAUUGAAAAUUAAGCUGUCAUUUAUGCACUCUUCAUAAUUACCUCAUCCAUGUUAAAGAAAUAAUUUGAUCAUUAACCAUUAUACUUUUCUACUGUGGUCAAAGGCCUUUCUUUUGUGUUUUAAGAUUUUGCAUUAUUAAUCUCACUCAGAAUGAAGGUAUAGUUAGCAAAAUAUCACCAUUGAGCAAAGUGUUCAUUACAGGUUUUUUUACUUAAAGUUUUAGAGGCCAAUGGGACCAACACACUUAACAGAAGUUCUUAAUAUUUGAAAAUAUACAAAUCUACUUCAUUUAAAGUUCAGUGAGGGUUAUACUGAUCCUCAUGUAAUUCUGAAUAGAAUUCAAGCAUUAUUUUUUUUUUUAUGCCAUGUUUCAUGAUACUACUACAGUGAUUACUGAUGCAGCAUUCAUUUUGUUUAGAGCUCUUGAUUGAUGAACAUAAAUUUUUAUACAUAAAUUAUGUAGAAAUGAUUUUUCCUCCAAUUACAGUACAGUUUAUUUCAAA